UUGAGCUGAUUCCGAAUAAAAUUUUUCGAGUUACAGCCAUUUUUAAAAAUGAGCCAAUUAAAAAAAUUUCAUUGUUUUAUACACAGAGAGGUCCUAGCACUGACAUUAAGGUGAUCAUUAAUGAGUUAUUGAGUAUUAAAAGUCCAAAGGAUUAUCCAACAGUCCUUUGUAUGAGAGCAGUGAUAAAGGACAGCACUGAACUAACCAAUCCUGAUGGACGAGUGUUAAGAUCCACUUCACCACUAGUACCAGAAUCAAGCUCUGAAGGUCUCACUAAACUAAGGUCCAGUAGAUUGAAAGGUGUCCUCCAUGAGAGUAUCAACAGUCUUGAUGAUGGACUCAAUGCUGAUCCACAGUGGACUAGGCUACCAGGCCAGCCCUGUGCUGUACCCAGUAAACUGGACCAGUAUCUACUAACUGGCAGUAAUGGCUGCUCUGCUUUAUCAUUCUCUCAUUCUGGAAGGUUUUUGGCUGCUGGCAUUGAAGAUAAUGGUCAAUCUAUGAUUAAAAUAUACCAGGUCAUGAAGUGGGUGCUAUUGUGUACCCUACCCAGUGACACUAAUAUCAUUUACAAGCUCUCAUGGUCUAUUGAUGAUAAUCAACUAGCCUGUGCCUCUGCUAGUGGACUCUGCCAUGUAUGGUCAUUCACUGAGGCUGGUAAUGUUGAGACACUACUCCCUCAUCCCUCUUAUGUCUACUGCUGUGAGUGGAUCGGUCCUCCCUCUAAAGACUGGUCUGGUUUCAUAGUCACUGGCUGCUAUGAUGGAGCCAUUAGGUGCUGGAAACAACACCAA